AUGAAAUCUAAAACGUGGAUUUUCAAGGAUAUCUUAUCUAGCCACCGCAUUAAAGCGUUCGAUAGUCUGCUUUCGAGGAGACUCCCUGCAUCAAAGGCAACGAAGCAUCUUCAAGUGGGAGAGCAUUUCCUGUUCUUCCCACCAUCGUUUGAAAAACUGGAUAGAGAUGGUUAUUUUAACUACCAAAAUCCUGCUAUUCUAUUAGGGAACCCUGAUUUACGUUAUCGUAGAAGGAUUUGGGGACAAGGAGAGCUUAUUCAGUAUUUACCGGUCAACUUAGACCAGGAGUAUACAUGCCACGAAUCAAUCAAAUACGUAAAAAAAUUACGAGACGACCAUAUUGUGUGUAUUGAAAGGUCCGUUUUACAAGAAAGGCCUGAAAAUGUGUCGAGUGCUACUUCCAUCUGCUUAUUGGAGAGAAGAGUGUUAAUGUACACCAAUUCAUUCGCUAACAAGAUUGCAGUAAAGGUCCCCGUGGAGAAGGAGAAAUAUAAAAGAUUAAUAAGUUUUACUAUUACUGAUAUGGAUAUUGUAGCUUACGGUCAGAUGUCUCUGAAUCCGCAUCGAAUUCAUUGGGACAAAGAAUACAGCCGCCAUGUUGAGGGCUACGAUGAUAUCAUCAUGCAAGGUCCCUUUUCGGUCCAAUUAUUACUAAAAUGCAUCCAGCCACUUUUGGAAAAACCGAUCAAGCAACUGCGAUACCGCAAUUUGAAUUAUAUAUACCCAAACACUACUUUGAGCAUAUGUCAGUCUUUGAACUCUUCGAGCAGGAAGUACACCUUUCAAGUUAGGGACCUUCAGGAAACCAACCUGGUCUACUUGAAAGCUGAUGUUUUCUGUUGA